GUUUGUUAUUUCUCCUGUUGGUUUCCUGGUUGAAGCUGCUGAAUAAUGUCACCGCCGAACGUCGACUUCAUUUUCACCAUCAAAAGAUGUGGACUCUGCUAUGAAUCAGUGUGAGGACAGAGAGGAGGGAACUCCUCCCUCUAAAACCUCUCUGCGUGGGAAACAUGACAGCAAGACCAAAGCUCAGAGACCGGACUCUCCUGUAUCAACCUGCGAGUCCACAAAGAGUGACCGCUCUAAGGGUCGACCUUUUGACUUCAAACAUGGACAGAAGUCUGAUGACCAAAGGAUCCCUCAGCAGAGACCAGAUUCGUCUGGGACUAGCUGUGUGUCCAUGAAGAGUGACCGGUCUAAGGGUCGACCUUUUGACUUCAAACAUGGACAGCAGUCUGAUGAUCAAAAGAUCCCUCAGCAGAGGCCAGAUUCCUCUGGGACUAGCUGUGUGUCCAUGAAGAGUGACCGGUCUAAAGGCCGACCUUUUGACUUUAAACAUGGACAGAAGUCUGAUGAUCAAAAGAACCCUCAGCAGAGACCAGAUCCCUCUGGAAUCACCUGUGUGUCCAUGAAGAGUGACCGGUCUAAGGGUCGACCUUUUGACUUCAGACAUGGACAGACAUCUGCUGAUCCAGAGAACCCUCAGCAGAGACCAGAUCCCUCUGGAAUCACCUGUGUGUCCAUGAAGAGUGACCGGUCUAAGGGUCGACCUUUUGACUUCAGACAUGGACAGACAUCUGCUGAUCCAGAGAACCCUCAGCAGAGACCAGAUCCCUCUGGAAUCACCUGUGUGUCCAUGAAGAGUGACCGGUCUAAGGGUCGACCUUUUGACUUCAGACAUGGACAGACAUCUGCUGAUCCAGAAGUUCCGCAGCAGCAGACCUCAGAUGUUUCUAGUGGUCAGUCUGAUCAGCAGCAUCAAACUGACAUGGACUCUAUAUUCAUGGUGCUUGAGGAGAACAUUGUCAGUUUUGUGAAGAAUGAACUGAAGAAGUUCCAGAAGGUUCUGAGUCCAGAUUACCAAGAAUGCUCAAAGAAACAAAGGGAAGAUGAGGAGGUGGUGGAUGGCAAGGAAGAAGAGAAAAGGAAGAGCAGCAGAGAGGCAUUUCUGAAGAUUACACUGCACUUCCUGAGGAGAAUGAAUCACAAGGAGCUGGCUGACUGUCUGCAGAAAAGAACUGGUGCUGGAGCUCUCUUAUGCCAGGCUAAAAUAAAGUCUGAUCUAAAGAGGAAGUUUCAGUGUCUCUUUGAGGGGGUUGCCAAAGCAGGAAACCCAACCCUUCUGAAUCAGAUCUACACAGAGAUCUUCAUUAAAGGAGGUGGGACUGCAGAGGUUAAUGAUGAACACGAAGUCAGACAGAUUGAAGCAGCAUCGAGGAAACCAGACAGACCUGAAACAACAAUCAGACAAGAAGAUAUCUUUAAAACCCCACCUGGAAGAGAUGAACCAAUCAGAACAGUGAUGACAAAGGGAGUGGCUGGCAUCGGGAAAACUGUCUUAACACAGAAGUUCACUCUGGACUGGGCUGAGGACAAAGCCAACCAGGACAUCCAGUUCACAUUUCCAUUCACCUUCAGAGAGCUGAAUGUGCUGAAAGAGAAACGGUACAGCUUGGUGGAACUUGUUCAUCACUUCUUUAAACACUUUAAAGAAACAGAAGAAGCAGGAAUCUGCAGGUUUGAAGAGUUCCAGGUUGUGUUCAUCUUUGACGGUCUGGAUGAGUGUCGACUUCCUCUGGACUUCCACAACACUGAGAUCCUGACUGAUGUUACAGAGUCCACCUCAGUGGGUGUACUGCUGACAAACCUAAUCAGGGGGAAUCUGCUUCCCUCUGCCCGCCUCUGGAUAACCACACGACCUGCAGCAGCCAAUCUGAUCCCUCCUGAGUGUGUUGACAUGGUGACAGAGGUCAGAGGGUUCAAUGACCCACAGAAAGAGGAGUACUUCAGGAAGAGAUUCAGAGAUGAAGAGCAGGCCAACAGAAUCAUCUCCCAUGUUAAAGCAUCACGAAGUCUCCACAUCAUGUGCCACAUCCCAGUCUUCUGCUGGAUCACUGCUACAGUUCUGGAGAACAUGUUGAAGACCAGAGAGGGAGGAGAGCUGCCCAAGACCCUGACUGAGAUGUACAUCCACUUACUGGUGGUUCAGUCCAAACGGAAGAGCAUCAAGUAUGAUGGAGGAGCUGAAAUAGACCCGCACUGGAAUGAAGAGACCAGAAAGAUGACCAAGUCUCUGGCAAAACUGGCGUUUGAGCAACUGCAGAAAGGCAACCUGAUCUUCUAUGAAUCAGACCUGACAGAGUGUGGCAUCGAUAUCAGAGCAGCCUCAGUGUACUCAGGAGUGUUCACACAGAUCUUCAAAGAGGAGAGAGGACUGUACCAGGACAAGGUGUUCAGCUUCAUCCAUCUGAGUGUUCAGGAGUUUCUGGCUGCUCUUCAUGUCCAUCUGACCUUCAUCAACUCUGGUGUCAAUCUUCUGUCAGAAGAAGAAACUUCCCGGCUGCCUAAAGUCUUCAGAGACAAACCUAAACCAACACAUCUCUACCAGUGUGCAGUGGACAAGGCCUUAGAAAGUCCAAAUGGACACCUGGACUUGUUCCUACGCUUCCUCCUGGGUCUUUCACUGCAGACCAAUCAGACUCUUUUACGAGGUCUGCUGAAACCGGCAGGAAGUAGCUCAGAGAUCAAUCAGAAGACAGCCAAAUACAUCAAGAAGAAGAUCAGUGAGAAUCUCUCUGCAGAGAGAGGGAUCAAUCUGUUCCACUGUCUGAAUGAACUUAAUGAUAAUUCUCUAGUGGAGGAGAUCCAACAGUACCUGAGAUCAGGAAGUCUCUCCACAGAUAAACUGUCUCCUGCUCAGUGGUCAGCUCUUGUCUUCAUCUUACUGUCAUCAGAAAAAGAUCUGGACGUGUUUGACCUGAAGAAAUACUCUGCUUCAGAGGAGGCUCUUCUGAGGCUACUGCCGGUGGUCAAAGCCUCCAACAAAGCUCUGCUGAGUGGUUGUAACCUGUCUGGGAGAGGCUGUGAAGCUCUGUCUUCAGUUCUCAGCUCCGAGUCCUCUAGUCUGAGAGAACUGGACCUGAGUAACAACAACCUGCAGGAUUCAGGGUUGAACCUUCUGUCUGCUGGACUGGAUAGUCCACACUGUACACUGGGGACUCUCAGUGUGUCAGGCUGUCUGAUAAAAGAGGAAGGCUGUAGUUCUCUGGCCUCAGCUCUGAGGGCCAACCCCUCGCAUCUGAGAGAGCUGGACAUGAGCUACAAUCAUCCAGGAGAGUCAGGGGUAAAGCUUCUGUCUGCUAGACUGGAGGAUCCAAACUGGAGGUUGGACACUCUCAGGGUGGACCAUGGUGGACAGCAGUGGUUAAAACCUGGUCUGAGGAAAUAUGCCUGUGAACUCACACUGGACACAAACACAGCGCACAAAAAGCUCAAACUGUCUGAAAACAACAGGAAGGUGACACUAGCGGGAGAGAAAGAACGGCCUUAUCCUAACCAUGCAGACAGAUUUGACCGCUGCAGUCAGAUUCUGUGUAGCAAUGGUCUGACUGGUCGCUGUUACUGGGAGGUCGAGAGGAGAGGAGACAUUGAUGUAGCAGUGAGUUACAGAGGAAUCAGCAGGAAAGGAGACCACUCUGACUGCAGGUUUGGAAGGAACGAUCAGUCGUGGAGUCUAAACUGCUCUGAUGGUCGUUACUCUGUCUGGCACAUCAACAAGGAAACAGUCCUCCCUGUCUCCUCCUCCUCUGUCUCUAACAGAGUAGCAGUGUAUGUGGACUGUCCUGCCGGCACUCUGUCCUUCUACACAGUCUCCUCUGACACACCAAUCCACCUCCACACCUUCAACACCACAUUCACUGAGCCUCUUUAUCCUGGGUUUGGAUUUGGGUUUGGUUUCGGGGUGGAGUCUUUGAUGCUGUCACUGGACUCCUCAGUGUCUCUGUGUUCAUUGUAGGAAGGACAGAAGAGAAACACUAAUAUUGCUGACUUCUGGAGGAAAUGCAAUGCCUUCCUCUUUUUGUGUGUG